CCCGGGCUGAACUUCCCCUCGCUGACGUCACACUCGCAGCUCCGGACACGGCGCUGAGAAAAAUGCUUCUCUCCGUGCCGCCAAGGACGGGAAUCAACCCAUAUAACGGAUACAGUAGCAGAAACAGCAAGAAGCAGGGCUAUGUGUCCUCCACCCAUCACAUGGUGCCAUUCAAUCUCAGCACCAACAGCACAUGUAAUGCAGGAGGUGGGGAACAGCUGAGCAAAACCAACCUCUACAUCCGUGGCUUACAUCCAGCGACCACUGACCAAGACCUGGUCAAGCUUUGCCAACCGUAUGGGAAGAUUGUGUCUACUAAGGCAAUUUUAGACAAAACUACAAACAAAUGCAAAGGUUAUGGCUUUGUGGAUUUCGACAGUUCUACAGCAGCACAAAAGGCUGUGAUGGCACUUAAAGCUACUGGAAUCCAAGCUCAAAUGGCCAAGCAACAGGAACAGGACCCCACCAACCUGUACAUCUCUAACCUACCUAUGUCCAUGGAUGAACAGGAGCUAGAAGCUAUGCUCAAAUCCUUCGGUCAGGUUAUAUCUACGCGCAUCUUACGGGAUGCUAACGGUACCAGCCGAGGUGUGGGCUUUGCAAGGAUGGAAUCCACUGAAAAAUGUGAAGGCGUCAUUCAGCAUUUCAAUGGCAAAUAUAUCAAAACCCCACCAGGAGUGCCAGUGCCCCCAGAGCCUUUGUUAUGUAAGUUUGCUGACGGAGGGCAGAAGAAGAGACAAAAUCACGUGAAGUACCUACAGAAUAGUCGUCCCUGGUACAGAGAAGGUGAUAUGGGAGGAAUGACACUCAACUAUGACCCAACAGCCUUACAUAAUGGGUUUUAUUCUUCGCCGUACAGCAUUGCUUCAAACAGAUUGCUUGCCCAGAGCUCUUUGUCUCCAUACAUGUCCACACAAGUUCCGUCCUACCAGGUCCCCUCCUGGAUGCACCAUCAGUCAUACCUCAUGCAGCCCAAUGGGACAGUUCUGACCCAGGCGAUGGAUCACCCCAUGUCUAUUCAGCCCACAUCUUUGAUUGGACCCCUGACCCAGCAGAUUGGUCACCUGUCACUUGGCAGUGCCGCCACGUAUAUGUCUAACGCAGCUAUGCAAGGGACAUAUAUCCCACAGUACACCCCGAUGCCUCCCUCUACUGUAGAGGACAGCAGUGGCCAACAACAGCAGUGUCCCAUUGAAACUCCUACAGAACACACAAAUUACUCCUAUCAGCACAAUAAAUGAAAUCUCUGAGCUGUCUAUUACAUAACAGGUCUUCACAAAGAGCUGUAGACAAUGGAAAUCUCACUGAGGUUCACAGAUGACCACAGACAUAGAGGAUUCAGAGAGGACACAGGUCACAUUAAAGGAGCGUCUCUUUAUUUCAAACAAAUACAUCGCUCAUCUUUCAUUCAACUCCUCUCUCAUCAGGGGUCAUUCAACCGAAGGUGGGAGACAGCACGAAAGAGCUAGCAGUCUAUAAACUAUUUUGACAGAAAAAGACAGAAAAACAGAUUCUUUCUGUAAUGGUAAGGAGAAACACAAUGUGUUCUUUUCAUGUCCGUCAUGGCAAAUUCAUAUUUUUUAAGAAAUAAUUCUUUAGUAUGGGGAGGAUGAGAAAUUCAGUGUCUUUUAUUUUUGUAAAAUAUGUAACCUUUUAUUUUUUUAUACGUGUGCAUUUUUGUCUUCAGUCAAGUAGCAAUGAGAUAUUUUAUAGAUGCAAACAAUGGAUUUUUUUUGUCGUUUGAUAUUUUGCUGUUCAUCGAAGAAACCAUUUAAAGCCACUUCUUCAUGUCCUAACUGUUUUUAAAAUAUCUGGAGAGAAAUAGUGAAGACAUUAAUCUCCUAAAGCAGGGGUUUUCAAACAAUGGGAUAAGGUCAUAUAGAAGUCAUAACAGUUUAAUUGUAUUGUCAAAAUACCUUAUGGUAUAUUUUAUUCAUAACAAGGAACAUGACAAGGAAAAUAAAAAUCAUUCUUUUCUAAAAGAUUAAAUAA